UACUGUAGUGAAUGAAAAAAUUUAUUGACAACUAAAUAUUAAUUUAUGAAAACAAUUUUUUUUCGCAAUUGAGAAAUUUAGAAUCUAUGUGAAAUUUUUGAGUGCUGUAGAAAUCAAUUUUUCUCCCCGUUGUGGGAUUUCGACGAAAUUGUAAAAAUCAGAGAAACAGGAAGCGAUGAAAAUGAAGCAAAUGGUGAUAGUAUGACAAUGGAUUCAAUGGAUGCAAAUGGAAAUGGGAAGCGUGGUCUUCCCAAAUUACGAGAAGUUUUUUAUCGACAAAGACAAGAUUCUGAUGAUGGGCAAGAAUCUUCAAUUUUGGAUUUUGUCUACGAUGACGCAGACACACAUACAAAUGAAAUUGCUGAACUUUACAGUUACACUGAACACUAUGAAUUACAACUUAAUCUUAAGGCGUUCGAAGAUCAAAUGGAAAUUUACAAUCUACGACCACUUUGGCAAAAUUUAACAACGGAACAACAAAAGUCCAUUAUUCAUAAAUUAUUAGAUCAACUCGAAUUAUCGAAUAAGCAAACGAGAAUGAAGGCAGCUCGAUGUAUUUUAUAUAUUGCUCAGGGUUGUUGGGCAGAGGUUCAGUCCGACAAGGAACAACAAGAAUGGUCGCGAACGAAUGUUAUGCUACUUUACGAGACUGGGGCAUUUGCCGCUUUCGUUGAAUUACUCAAUAUUGAAAUCGAAGACAGUACAGCAGCUAAUUCUGCGAUGAGAAAAUUGGCCGUCAGUCUCGCAGAUUCUGUAGAUAUACGUUUAAUUUUAUCUGUUUUGUAUAUUAUCACCGAAAUUAUGAGGGAGGAAUCGAAGAAUCUAGAAGAAAGUCCAUAUAAAACGAAUUUUGAAACAUUCAAAGAGGAACUCAUGAAUCCAUAUGGAGAUGAAUUUUUAAUAAUCAAAUUACUCGGAAUGGUGACUUGUUUUUGUAGUGGAAGCGCUCCUCAUUUUCCAAUGAAGAAGGUUUUACUUUUCCUUUGGAAAUUGAUAUUAGUUUCAUUGGGCGGUAUUGACGCUUUACGUGAAUUGAAGAAAAAAUACCGGGAGGAAGCCGGACUUCCUGUCGAUCAAGAGGACACGAUAGAGGUCACGAAAAAUAUGAGACCAAGCUCACCACCUACGAGUGCUGCCGAUUUACUCGAUUCGCAAAAUCAGAAAAGAAAUAACAGAGCUUUUCGAAGGAGUUUAAUGAAGCAAAGUUCAUUGGACGAGCCACUGUUGGGAAUGGAAUUCGAGGGCGGCGAGGGUGGAACAAAUAUGACGAAUAAUGAAGGAGACGGCGAUAUGGUUCUGUACAUGGAUCAGUCGCAAUGUCAAAAUUAUUACGAGGAUCCGAGCAGUUUGGCUCAACCGAGACCGAGUACUCCACAACCUGUCAAGGAUAAGGGCUUGCCAUGGACUCCAAAAGUGAGACAAAAGGACGUUGACAUGUUUCUCGAGGGUUCGAGAUUGAAAUUUGUCGGUUAUAAAUUGCAAGGCGAUCGUGAAAGUCUAGCCGGUCUACCUCAACCAAUUCACGAAGGUGUCAACAUUCUCAAGCGACAUAUGUACACUUCAUUAGCGGAAAUUCAAAUUCAAAAGGAGGAGGAGAUAGCUAGAAAUCCAAUGAGCACUGAGGAGCCAACAAUUCGUCAGACUCCGACGGAAAUUUUAUAUCAAGCAAUGCUACCCAAUCUUCCUCAGUACAUGAUUGCCUUAUUGAAAAUCGUCCUUGCUGCUGCGCCAACAAGCAAAGCAAAAACUGAAAGCAUCAAUAUUAUGGCUGAUGUGUUGCCUGAAGAAAUGCCAAUGACAGUAUUGCAGUCCAUGGAAUUAGGAAUCGAUGUAAAUCGUCAUAAGGAGAUAAUUAUUAAAGCGGUCUCCGCAAUUUUGCUUCUUCUAUUGAAGCACUUCAAAAUAAAUCACAUUUAUCAAUUUGAAUUCAUGUCUCAACAUCUUGUUUUUGCCAACUGCAUACCACUUGUUUUAAAGUUUCUUAAUCAAAAUAUCCUCGCUUAUAUUGAAGCAAAAAAUGUUAUUUCGAUGUUGGAUUUCCCAAUGUGUGUUAUUGGUGAUCAACCGAAAAUCACAGUGGAUGACCUUGAAAUCCGAAGUACCCAGUAUUAUUGUUGGCGAAAUGUAUUCUCGUGCAUAAAUUUAUUGAGGAUUUUAAAUAAAUUGACGAAAUGGAAACACAGUCGUGUAAUGAUGCUAGUUGUAUUUAAAUCAGCGCCGAUAUUAAAGCGGACAUUAAAAGUGAUGCACGCCAUGAUGCAAUUGUAUGUAUUGAAAUUAUUAAAAAUGCAGACAAAAUAUUUAGGCAGACAGUGGCGCAAGACAAAUAUGAAAACAAUCAGUGUUAUUUAUCAAAAAGUUCGACAUCGCUUAAAUGACGACUGGGCUUAUGGCAACGAUUUGGAGGCAAAGCCCUGGGAUUUUCAAGGUGAAGAAUGCGCACUAAGAACUUGUGUCGAUCAAUUCAAUAAUCGUCGUUAUUCGACAGCAAUUCGUGACGAAGAAUUAGAACCAGUCGACACAAGUGUAACGUCAGUUCUUGGUGUCAAUGUUGAACUCACUGACGAAUUUAAACAGCACUACGAAUUAUGGCUACAGCAAGAAGUCUUUCAAACUAAUAUUAAUUGGGACGAACUAUUAGAAACAAAUUGUGAAAUCUAAGAAAAAACAAAAAAAAAAGCAAAUUUAAAAAAAAGAUUCUCUGUAAAAAAAGAAGUUCUACACAAAAAGAAAAUAAGACGGAACAAUGAAAAACUAAAAGUUUAAUGAAAUUGUCGUUUUAGAAACAAAGUAAAAUUUAGUAAGUGUUCGAAGAACAUUAUUUACUAAUCGGACGCUUUUUAUCAAAAAAAAAGAAAAAAAACGUAUAUAUAUAUAUAUAUAUAUAUAUAUAUAUAUAUAUAUAUAUAUAUAUAAAUAUUUGAUGGAAAGCGAGUUAUCGAUUUAUUUUUUCCACAUCGCCGAUUUUUAAGUUUUGUGCAAUUUACCAGAAACUAGCCAUGUAAUAUUUAUAUAAUCGAUUCUCCAGAAAAGAAAAAUUCUUUAUACCUUUGUAAGUAUCGUUUUUUAGGUGUUAAAAAUGGAAAAUUAGAAAUUGGUUCAAAAAUGGCAAAACUAUCGCAAAGAUAUUUAUUGCAUAUUCGUUAUUUACUCAUCGGGAUAAAUUAGUAAAUCUCGAUGAUUAUAAUUAUAGGAUACGUUCUGAUUGUGAUUUCUCCCCCGUAUUGUCCACUUUAACAAAAAAAAAAAAAACUGCUAUUUAUACUAAGCAAUUAAAAAUUGUACGCCGUUUUCAAUUUCAUAAUUAAUUUAAGACUAUAAGGGCAAAAGAAAAUAAAAUAAAAAAAACGGUGUAGGAACGUCGCCACUUUUAAUUGUACAUUAAUCAUCAUGUAUCAUAUUUAUAAAUUGUGCGCGUGAGUUUAGAUUUUUUUUUAAUUUCCUGCUAGUGAGAAAAUUAUCAAAACAUUUCUUCAUUUAGAUUUUCAUUCUAUUUUUAACUCACCAAAAAACAAUUUUUUGUACAUGAAAAUUUUUAUCACAUAUUUUAUAAAUUUUUAACAAGAUUAAUUUUUUUCCUUUAAAAAGACGGAAGAAUGAAACACUAAAAGUUAAAUAAACAUUUUUUUUAUUGAAAAACGAAAUAAUAUGAUAAUUUUAGCUUCUUUUUUAGAAACAAGAAAAGUUUUGAAAGUUUUGACACUGAUAGAAAUUUCAAUAGAGCAAUUAGUGAGAAAGCAUAAUUAUUUACAAAAAAAAAGAAAAGAAAAACAAGUUAAUUUAUAGAAAAAUAGUUAUUUCUGAGGAAGAACAAAGAAGCGAUGUAAUGUGAUUAAUUUAAAUGAAAAUAAAAUAAUUUUUAUCUUUCUUUUUCUACUCAA